AUGUGCCGUGCCGACGCUGUCCGGGCCUACGACAUGCAGAUUGCCUCGGCGGACCUGUUUUACCAACAGUAUUACAUGUCCCUGCCGGUGCAGAUCGGAGGCCCGUCGCCGGCGGCGGCGACACCGACGGUCUCCAUGGAGGCCAAUCCCAUCACCGGCGAGGGCUUCCCGCACCUGCCAAGGCGCCCGGCGACAGGGGAGUACGCUGCUCGGCAAGCUCACGUGGAACUUGCCGAGCGACUGCGAAAGGCAGACCCCGCGCACGCACCAAAGGUGGGCGAAAGGGUGCCAUACGUCUUCGUCGCCAAGGGCAACGGAGCGAAUGCUUGCGACCGCGCCGAGGAUCCGCUGAAAGCUCUGGAGGCUGGCCUGCCCCUCGAUGCGGGCUACUACCUCGAUCAUCAGCUGAAGCAGCCCCUGCUGCGAGUCUUCGAGCCGGUACUUGGGGGUUCGAAGAGCAGCGUGGAGCAUACCCUGUUCGGAGCCAGUGGCUCUUCUGCAAAAGUGCCCUUGCGAAAGGCAAAGAUCGCGCCGAACGCAGGGGGAUCCGGCGACUUGUCUCCCUUGUGCUUAGAAGGGUCUGGCAACACGCUUUGCAAGAAGUGUGCCUCGGAUCCACAGCGAACCAGCGAGGUCGAGAAGUCUGGCAUGCAGGCGGAAAUCGAGCAAACAUUUGUCCAGGCCAUUACCAGGAUCCACAACUUCUUCGUGGAGAAGCUGGCCGUGGAGAUGUCGGUUGGCAAGCCCGGUGUGCGAAGACAUCCUUGCAUAGAUACGGAUCGAGGCCGACGGCGCCACCGACGCCGGCGAGUCAGGCUGGACAGCCCUGGCAGCCACCUGGCCGUGGAGAUGAGGGUUGGCAGAUUUGGUGUUCUUAGCGAGGUUUUCGCGGAAUCUUGCAGGCGUUGGAGUUUGGAGCUCAUCCUGAAACGCCCUCAAAAAAGCCUUUGGGCGCUGUAUUGUGAAGUGAUUCUCUUGGCGUGCCUUGUCGCGAGCAAUCGUGAGCGGCAAAAGACAAGCGUCCUGAAGAUUAAUGAGCAUUUGGUGGCACGGAAGUACGGAGUGGAUGAAGAUAAACUCUUUCAGCCGCUCCUUGCUUUGACAAAGCCCCUCAUGGAGUGA